AUGCCAAAAAGUGAUAUGGGAAAUGCUAGUGGAAUGAACUGUGCUAAAUGUAAUGAAAAGAGAAGUGGUGUUGAAUCGACAAAUAUUGAAGGCAAAGUUGCAGAUAGUAAAGCUGAAAGUGAUGCUAAUAAUAUUGCUAAUUCAUAUAAAAUCUUAUAUCUAGGUGAAUACAUUUCUGAUAUCAGUGUGUUUAAUGCUGACGAUAUAGAAGGAGGA